GGUCGUAGCAGAUCCCAAUUGUUUCGCACGUAUCUAGUCAAUUAUUUGUUGUUGCUCAAUCCCAAAUCCAGAUCCUCCGCGCGCUAAUCAAUGCAACGUGUGUGAGAAAAGUCAUGAAAUAUGACCGAACCGCAGAAGAUACCGUUCGACAAUAAUAUCAACAACUACACAUUGAAGGUGGAGCUGGGGAAAUGCUUUGGCAAUUGCGGAACCGUUUACCUGGCCCAGCAUCGGCCCACCCGGAAGCACGUGGCCGUUAAGAAGUUCCUGGUGGAAGACCUCAAAAAUGACAUCAGCUACGUGAUGGACGAGGCGAAACACUUGCGCGAGUUCGACCACCCGAACAUCCUCAGCUACCACACCGCGUUCGUGCACAAUCUCGACCUCUACUUUGUGCUGCCGCUGAUGUGCUUCGGUUCCAGCCGGGACAAUAUGCUGAGCUACUUCGACACGGGCUACCCGGAGCCGAUCCUCGUGUGCAUCCUACGGGACGUGCUGCAGGGCCUGGCGUACCUGCACUGGAAGGGCUACAUCCACCGGUCGAUCCGGGCCAGCCACAUCUUCCUCGACGAAUCUCGUGCCGUGCUCGGCGGGUUCCGGGUGUGCACCAGCUUUCUCGGCGAGGGUAAGCGGGUCCGGAAUUUGCACGAACUGCCCGCUCACUCCACCAAAUCGCUCAACUGGCUCGCGCCCGAGGUGCUGGCACAGAAUCUGCUCGGCUACACGGAAAAGUCGGAUGUGUACAGCCUGGCCAUCACGGUGUGCGAGCUGGCGAACGGGCUGGAACCGUUCUGUGCCUACACCACCACGCUGAUGCUGACGGAGAAGAUGCGUGGCAGUUUGCCGACGCUGCUCGAUAGCAGCACCAUCCCGAGCGACGACGUACUGGCGCAGACGAUGGACGCGAAAUCGAACGAAAUCGUUUCACGCCAGAUGGUCUACACAUCGCGACAGUUUUCCGAUGCGCUUCACAGAUUUACCGAGCAGUGUUUGGAAAGAGAUCCCAAAUGUCGCCCAAGUUCGUCCGAUUUGCUAUCGCAUCCAGUGUUUAAGCAGGUCACCCAUACCAACAUUAAGGAACAGUUUGCCUAUUACAGCAUACAGUCGACCGACUUUGACUCCAUCCAAGAUCACGACGUCGACAUUAGUAACACCUUUUCGCAGCUCCAGAUGGGCACGGGCGGUGGUUUUGAGUGGGAUUUUGACGAUUCAUAACACAAAAGAUGCGACCACGGGAUAACUUCGAUACGAUUUGUUGAAACGAAAGUGAAACAAACACAUGAAGACGGAUAAAUCCUUGCGCUUUAAGUUGUUACCCAAUGGUUAUAGAUGGAAUACAAUUCUUUUUAAAUUCUGGCGAAAUAUGUCCUAUUCGUUAGCACACUGGUGAUUGCGUAACACUGGCAGGACUAAAAUUGGUCGAUCGUACUGUCGAAUGCGUCGAUUAAACUCGAAUUACAAACAAACGGUCAGGCGCAUAAAAAGUCUCAUAGUUUCGGGUAGUUUAUUUUAUACCGGGUUAUACAUUUUAUGAACUCUAAUUGAGGUUAAAGUAUGAUCGACUCAAGAUCCGUGGGACGUUAGAGUUAACGCUGGUGUUUAUUGGUUUCCUUAAGGCAAGGAUGAAAUUUCUGAAAGGUUUCAUAAAUUAUGGCGUGUAAAAAAAGAUAGGAACAAUUGGAAUUGAUACUACCGGAAUGAUGGGGUACCGCAAAGGCUUAAAGAAAAUUAGCAGCUUUGUAUCGAUGUUUAUUUUUUGAAUGUUUGCAUGAAAGAAAAGGCGAACCAAAACCCGGUGGAAUAUGGGGCGCGAGAAGCUCGUAGAGGUUGUUAAAUUACACAAUUGACUCGUCGAUCCUAAACUGCAAUUUAGAAACAGAGCAAAACAACAACAAUCAUAAAAAUAAAAUUGUUACAUUAAAAGAAAACGAACACACACACUCACACACACUUGUCGU